AUGGAGUACGAAUACCGCACCGCAGGUGCGACGGCGAACCGAGCGAAUGCGGAUGCAACGAUAGCAGCGAAAACCCUCGAAACACUGACACGUAGGUUGGCAAAGAUUACACCGAAACCGAAGCCUGUGACCGAAGAUACGGCCCCGCAAGAUGAUACACCACCUCGCGAGAUGCCUACGGAGAUGGCAGCAAGAAGUAGAGAGCGGAGUCGGUCCAUGAUACAACGCUUGUUGGCUUCGUAUGUGCGCCGCAAACGGGGUGUACCAAGUGAGCCGAUCGAUAAACCUCUUGGUACGGUACCUACCGCGAAGGCGCCGCGUGAUCCGGGUCCACCGGAUCUACCGCCGAUGUGCCCCCCAAAAUCGGACGGGCAGCGUCCCCAAGAUCUCGAUGUUACUAUGGCGGAGAGCACGGUUACGUUCGGGAACACUAUGUGCUUGAAUGAUUUAAAUGGAGGGGCAGUUACUCCGCCUCCCUGUGCCGCUAGUGUACCUAUUCCAGCGGAUCUAGCCAAGGCAAUUGAGGAAGAGAUUAAGGCCUCGUCUGGAGUUAUCGACGUUUCCGACACGGGUGCCUCUAGUUUAUUAACACGUCCUACCGCUAGCAUGGGUGGUCUCUGUACGCAGGUAGCAGUCCGGUCCCCGAUGGAACAAUGUCGCGCUCCAGAUACCCACGAUCAGACUUUACGCGCAACAAGGAUUCGCAAAAUUCCAGUUAGCGCAUCUGCUGCGGUGGCGGCUGCUGCAGUGCCGGAGAGCAUGAAACAAAUUUCAUUGAACACAGCGGCGAUUCACAAAUGGGUUAGCCUGCACAAAGCGAUGGCUGCACUACCGACUACAAUGCCAGUUGGACCUAAGGGACAAAUGGCCUGGAUAAACGCGUGCUCCUUGGACUUGGCGGGACUCGUCUGUGGACUACCUUAUCCUGUUGCUUACCUUGCCUCGAUGUCGGGUGAAACCCUACGGUCUUUUGGACAUUCCAUCAACAGUGAAUCUCAACUGGCUGUAAUUCGGCGACAUACCACACACGCAGAUGAAGAACUUCGCGAGCUGUGCAAGGGUUGGGCCGCCACGGCAGACGCGCAAACCGGUCAUAUUCGAUGGAGAACGACGGACAAUAUACAACGCUGGAGACGCUUUAGUAAGCUACAGCCCGAUUUGCUGUGUGCGACUGUCGUCGAACCGCUUUCUGACUUGGAUCAGUGGGGAGUCCUCAAUGUUCUGUGUUUAUUGCUCCCGAAGCUCGCACCUAUUGAGGUUAAGACGAACGUGGUAAUGCCGCAAACCAAGGCUGUACUAUAUCACCUCACCAAAGAGAUGGUCAACUGCUGGACUCUAGGUGCUGAGGGCGUCUCGGCUGAGCUAGAGGAUGCAUCGUCGCGGCACAUGCCACAACGUCGUCAAAGACGCCUUUUUAAGACCUCAUGUAUUCCACGCGACAACAGCAUAGGUAUCCAUUCGCAGAAUUUCGCAGGAUUUCCCAAGAAUCCGGAACAUUGCGCAACUUGGUUCAGCCACUUCCGACAGAGCGAAGCCAGGGGAAUCAUCGAUUUGGUCCUUUUACAGGAAACGCGGGUCACUUUAGGUGAGGCAGCUCCUCUGGACAAGCUUUACAACUCCUCCUGGGGAUUCGUGCACAAACUCGGAUGCUCGUUGUGGACCGAGUCCGAGUUCUCUCGUGGAGGUGUGGCUAUUUUAUUAAACCCAUACUCAACAAUUACGGAAAUGGUUCCGUGGUAUGAGGAUCAAUGGACACAGCAUUGGAUGGCUGUCCGGGUCUGUCUAAUGGGCGAAACAGUUCUUGUUGUAAACGUUUACGCCCCAAGUACCAAGACUGAAAGAGAGGCGCUGUUCUCGAGCCUUCUACUUAUUCUUCAGGGAUACGAAGGACCCAUGUUUGUUGGAGGGGACUUCAACUGUACUUUGGAGCCGCGACUUGACCGUUCUUUUGUCUCGCCGCCAGGAAGACAUGAUUCCUUGGCGCUUCGGCGGCUUCUCGGCCGAGUGCAGCUUAGCGAUGUUCUUGAUGGUGAUCUGGAGAUGGCCGAAGAAAAAAGAGAUGUACCGGCGUUUCAUGCGGCCUCUCACACUUAUUUCUACACUCUUCCGGGCGGUGAAUUGGCUAUUUCCCGACUGGAUCGGUGGUAUGUGAGCUCUCGCCAUGCUGAUUGGAUUCGUGGCGUUGCUUUGUCAGUUCCUGGUCCAGCAGCUGACCACAAUGGCAUCAGUAUCAGGAUUGGAGUGCCGCGUUAUGUGGUCCGUGUACGUAAGCCGAGGCACGUGUACCCUGUUCCAGGUUGUGCAAACACAGCCGCGCAUAAAGCAAUUGUUGCGGCCAUUAAGCUGGCACAGCUUAAAGCGGACGAGACUCUUUCUGUUCCGCCGUCGGACUAUAUCACGGCCCGUAGAUUGGCCGACUGGUGGGAUGAAUGGAAGAUCAGGCUUCGCAAAGUUCUUUUGGCGACGACCAAGACCGCGCGUCAAGGUAUGACAACAAGCUAUCGGCAGCGGCUCCGUCGGCUCUAUGUAAGACUGGACGCAGCUCUAUUGGUGGCGCGUACACUUGAUAACUCACCACCAGGAGCUCAUAAGGACUGCAACAAGCCUAGCACCACCGAUACUCCGGUUGGACUGCGGCGUAAUGUUGCGGAGUGUCGACGCUUAUGGCAGAGAUCCAAAAAAGAGCGCCUUCUUGUUCAACACACGUAUACUCCUGGAGAAACAUCUCGACGUUUUUUCGCCCGGGUGGCGACUAAAUUUCAAGACAACACCAUUGUUUCUUUGGGCGGAAAGGCUGCAUACGGGCCAAAUCAUUCCCAAGAGCUGGCUGAUGAAAUGGAGGAUGGCUGGGAGCGUAUUAUGACUCAUUCCUUUGCCUGUCCCGACGCUACCGCCACUUUUCUUUCCCGGGCAGUCCCGCCAGGACCAGUUGAUGACACUACUGUGAUGUCGGCCGUUUCCCCCGAUGAAGUGAGUGCGGCUUUAAAGAGGCUGAAACGUGGGAAAGCCGCGGGACCGGACGAAAUUAACAACACAUUUUACAGAGAUUACGCGGAAGCGCUCAGUCCAGUACUCGCUACAUUCUACACCAGAUGGCUUACGUGCAGCGUGUUCCCGUCUUCCUUCGGUGAAGCGAACAUUCAGUGUUUGAAGAAAUCUGCGUCCUCCGCCUUGCCGCUCGAUCAUCGCCCGAUUGCUCUCCUCAACAGCGACUACAAGUUAUUUACCAAGAUUCUUUCGUUUCGGCUCUUGACAUUUUCGCGACGGUACGCAAAGCUGCGACUUUGGACAGCAGCCUACAUGGAGCCAUUGUGCUACUUCUCGAUUUUGCCAAGGCUUACGACACGUUGCAACGUCCAUAUCUGCUUUCCGCUCUGA